UACAUCUUUGCUGAGCAGCACACCGUAAGGUGCGUUACCAUCCUCUUUUUAUCUGUCAAGGCCUUCAGAACAUAGAGGAACAAUGCAGAAAUAAAAACGACAGAGUAAAAUACAGUUGGCUCCUGACACUACGCCAUAUCUAGAAAUUAGUAAGAGAAAAAUAGUUAACCUAUUUUACGCUUGUGCACAUGAAUCUUAGCUUAUGUCAAAUAUUUCCGAGAUAAUUUAGGUAGCAAUGAUAUGUAAGGGAAACAUUUCUGUCACCGUACCUAAAACUCAUUUUUAUUGGCGGGAGACCUUCCAUGUUUUGACAGGUAAAUGUUUUUUCCGAAUUUUCUUAACGUUACUUUGUAAUGGGGAGAUGCUACUCUUGAUAUUUAGACAUCUUCGGCUCCACAUGAUAUGAGUGCCUGAAUGACAUUUACCCACCGUAGCUAGCAGUUGAAUAGUAAUGUGUUCAGAAUGAUAAACAAGGGACAAAAUGUUAGCUACUGAGUAGCGUUAAAAAAAAAAAAAGCUGCAGUGUAUGGUGGCUCAGUCAGAGCUAACUCUGACAGUCGGCUAAAAGCCUUUGCUGGUUAGUUAGCUAACUAACCAUGGAGUACCUCAGUAAACUCUUGUUUACCAUUCCCCAACACUGGAGACCCCUCAGGUGUAUUCACCCCAGACAUUGUUCUAACUUAGCGAACACUAGUGUGACUACAAGACAGAGGAAGACAACUGUAAACAAGUUCAAGAGUCAGAUAUCAUCAGGUCCAAGUUUCCAGGAUUUCAUCAAAGGAAUUUCAGUGAAUAAGACUCAUGUUGCUGAUGAUGAAGAAUACAAACAUAGUUAUCUCUCUGAGGACUUGGACAUGGGGAAUUCAAGGAAAGUGUAUUUUGAAACCUAUGGAUGUCAAAUGAAUGUCAGCGACACAGAGAUAGCCUGGUCCAUACUGCAGAGGAAGGGAUAUCAGCGCACAGUAGACAUAAGUGAGGCAGAUGUUGUCCUUCUGGUAACAUGCUCCAUAAGAGAAAAAGCUGAACAAACGAUAUGGAAUAGACUACAACAACUAACAGCUAUGAAGAGGAGACGGUUAAAGACUCACACACCAAUGAAAAUUGGGAUUUUAGGGUGCAUGGCAGAGAGACUAAAGACAGAGCUUUUGGAGCGGGAGAAGCUUGUAGACGUUCUCGCUGGUCCGGACGCCUACAGGGACCUUCCUCGCCUCUUGACUGUAGCUGAUGGAGGUCAACAGGCAAGCAACGUGCUGCUGUCGUUAGAAGAGACCUACGCUGACGUCAUGCCCGUUCACCACGCUCCUCAGGGGAACAGUGCUUUUGUGUCCAUCAUGCGAGGCUGUGACAACAUGUGUAGUUACUGCAUCGUUCCCUUCACCCGAGGGAGAGAGAGGAGUCGACCGGUCAGCUCCAUACUUGAGGAAGUUCGCAUGCUCUCUGACCAGGGUGUGAAGGAGGUGACUUUGCUGGGUCAGAAUGUGAACAGCUAUAGAGACAUGUCAGAGGAACAUUUCUGUGGCUCAGAGCCGACCACGCUCAGCCGCGGCUUUAAGACUGUGUACAGAACCAAACAGGGAGGUCUGCGCUUCUCUGACUUGCUGGACCAAGUGUCACUCAUCAACCCCGACAUGAGGAUAAGAUUCACCUCCCCUCAUCCCAAGGAUUUUCCUGAUGAGGUUUUGCAUCUGAUUGCGGAGCGAGGGAACAUUUGUAAGCAGAUCCACCUUCCAGCUCAGAGUGGCAGCAGUCAGGUCCUAACAGCAAUGCGCCGUGGCUACACAAGAGAGGCCUACCUGGAUCUUGUCGAGAACAUCAAGAGAAUUAUUCCAGAGGUGAGUCUCAGCAGUGACUUCAUCUCAGGCUUCUGUGGUGAGACAGAGGACGACCACCAGCAGACUCUGUCUCUGAUCAGAGAGGUGGGCUACAACGUGGGCUUCCUGUUUGCCUACAGCAUGAGAAAGAAAACUCAUGCCUCCCAUCGGCUACGAGACGACGUGCCAGCUGAGGUGAAGCAGAGGAGGCUGGAGGAGUGUAUUACUGUAUUCAGAGAGGAAGCUGCAAGGGUCAACGCUGCUCUCAUCGGCAGCACACAGCUUGUCCUGGUGGAGGGAGAAAGUAAAAGAUCUGCCAAGGACCUGUGUGGGAGAACUGAUGGCAAUAUAAAAGUGAUUUUCCCCAAAAAGGACGUUGCUGUUCAGCCUGCUGAAUCCAACACUGCAGCUGUCAGCGCUGGAGACUAUGUGCUGGUGAAGAUACUGGCGGCCAACUCGCAGAGCCUGAUAGGCCGGGCCCUCAGUCACAGCUCCCUGAACGGCUCCGUGAAGCACUGUGAGACUCUGCCAAGGCACCAGCUAGAUGAACAUGUGGACUCAGCCAUGAUUGAAACAUGUUGAUUGACACAGGUGACACCACAAGAAACAAACUGUUAGUGUUUGGGAAAACUAGCACUCUGCCCUCUCUUGAAUGACAUUGAAGCAACAUGGAGGCUGUUUAUGGGAAUGUUGGUCACCUUACAGUCACAUAGGGCUGCUGUGAUGAGUUAUAAGAAUGACAACAUUAUUUUGGAGAAACUCUAUCCGACAUCACACUGCAGUGGCCACUCACAUACGCGGCCAUCAGACCAAAUGUUGCCUGCAGUCCACAGGAGCAAGAAAUAAAGUGUCUUUCUAUUGUUAAAUAUAUUUAAGUGAGUAAUAGAAAUAAAGAAUGUGUAACAGCUACAGUGCUACAAAGGAGAACACUCGCUUUGUUUGUGUUUGCGCAUGUGUGUCUUUUGCAGCAAUAAAUUCACAACAGUAAUGAUAAUCAAAAGAAAUUCUACAGAUCCCCAGGCAAAAAUUAACAAACUUGACAAAGACAAAUACCCGCUUAGAUGGGGUGGAUGGCUUUCACCCUCCACUUCCCCACAAAUAUACCAUUUAAGUGACACUCCCAAAACACUGCACAAGCCUGCAGCUAAUCGCCUCAACACCUGAUUUGUUGUGAAUGCAGCCUAAGGCCCCGUUUACACCUGGUGUUAUCAUGCGUCUUGGGCGCUCGGAUCACAAGUGGACAGCUGCUCUAUAUCUGUCUGUUUACACCUGCCUAGUCUCGCCACCAGACGAUCAGAGAUCUCCGCCUUCUGAUAGUCUGGGGACAGACAAAGUGUGUUUAACACACCGGCGAAAACGGCCGGCAACAAAGCAACGCCUCUUGCAUUUUUGAAAAGGACACGCCUACUCGGAAAUGUGCGCUCCCCCUUUUCUCGUCCACAAGGAAACAAACACACAGAGAGCUUGAAAAUGGAUGCUGGGAGAUUUAACUCCGUUUUAUCAAACGUGUGCUCAUC